AUGGAUCCAGUACUUACCAAUUCAUAUGGAAAUGUCAGCGUGCCUCCAAGCCUUUCUUACUUCUGUGUUUAUAACCCUUCUUUUGGUCCUACGGAAGAUUCACAAAAAGAUCAACUACUCUAUUAUACUUCUAAAAACACCGUUCCAAUGGAUGUUAAAAUGCGUCAAGUCGGACUUGCCCAGGGUUUAAUAAACUUUACAAGGGUAUUCUCGCCCUCAAAACCUUGUGAAAAUGUUCACACGCAAAAAAAUCGUCUUGCGAUUUACGAACCCGAACCUGAUUAUUGGAUACACAUUUCGAUCGAAUUAGGUUACGUAAAAAAGGUGAUUAAAGACAAAGAAGGAAAGCCAAAAACUAUAAUUGAAUAUCUUGAUGCAAAUUUGCAUGAUUCUGGAGUAAGGAGAAUGCUUGAAUUGGGUUAUGAAAUGUACAGAAUUUUUAAUGGUCCAUUUGAGUAUACAGUGAGAACCACAGGAAUUAAAGUUUUAAAAAAUAAGUUAGAAGAAUUUUUUGCUAAUUGGGUUUUUGAAUGGGAUUUUGAAAAAACGGAGCUAACCAAAACAGUUGACGGUAUUUUGUAUAUGCCGUUAUCCAACUCUGCUUAUUCUCAAAUAACAUCAUUUGUAACUAAAAUUCAGUCAGAUUAUGAAUAUAUAUCAGACAUGUUUAUGAUUUGGCAGAACAAGUUGGUUUAUCGUGGUAAUGGUGCAAUACCGGUUAAUAAUAUCAGAGGGAUAUGGCGACAUUUAGCAUUAUCCUUUAAGGGUUUUACAAGAAAUAUCUCUGGAAGUAACCUUUUUUCAUAUUUUUCGAAUAAUACGUCACCAAAGAAUACACCAAAAGUUUCACCUAGUACAUCUCCCCCGAAUCCGUCAUCUCCUCUAAAUUCAUGUCUUCAUAGUUCUUCUACAUCAUCUGAUACAUUUGGUUCAUCAUCUCUUCUAUCGCCAUCAACGCAGAUAUUCGUUCCUGGAUCUUCAAAUUUCUUGUUGGGACCAACUAAUUUGUAUGGUCUUGAUAAAGAUAUACAUCCUGUAACAGUUUAUUUAUCGAAUAAUUCAAGUGGACGUAUUAAGAAAGUGGAACAUCAGUGUAAUGACGAACACAAAUACGAAGAUUAUUAUGAUGACGAAAUUGAUGAAUAUUAUCUUAUCUCCUAUAAGCAAAAUGCUCUCACACUGGUUUUCUUGAUAUCUCUUAAAUCACCGGAAUGCUCUCAAGUACAAGAUAUGGCUUUCUAUAGAUCUUUUCACAAUUAUUUAUCUUCACAAUCGGAAGACAUUAUUAAAGUCGUAAAUGAAGAUUCCGAAAAGUCGAGAAAACUUGGAAAACCAGACGCAGAUAAAGAAUAUCGAUAUUUAUUUUUCAAUAAAAUGACAUUAGCUGUUAAAUCAUCUCUAUACCCUUUCUCCUCCAAUGGAAUUUUAACCUCUUCAUCAAAAGGUCUAACAAUUACGGGUGAAAUGGCUCAUGCUCUAUGUGAGUUACAUGAGGACCUUGAAAAAUAUCCACAAUUGACAGAAAUAUAUACUCGCUCUUCAACUAAUUUCUGGAUAGUUGGUAAAAGAUCUGAUGGACGAGUAUUAUAUAUUGUUGUUCCUAAAAAAGAAGCAUCAUUAGCGGAGGUUGAAG